AUGCCCCAUUUUGUGCCGGCCUGGUGGGAUCGUUUCUUUGUGUUAGAUCACAGCUACAGCCACACCUCGCUUUCGAUUCACCUCCGAAAAGCAGGACUGCACAAUGCAGAUGUUGCAUCCCUGAGCUUGGCACUGCAAAGCUUUCUCACGAGCAAUGUGGACCCAAAGUUGCCGCUCCACAUUGAGCUGGAUGCUUCUGAGAACGACCUUGACGACCUAUCCGUGGCAAGGAUUUUGCAGAUUCUGCAGCGAAACCCAGGUUCAACGUAUCUUCGGAGCCUGAAGCUGUACAAGAAUCGCGUAUCAGAUCUCACAUGCGCGGCCUUGGCAUCCUUUCUGUGGAAUCAAACAGAAGCAUGUGAGGAGAUUCACCUGUCGCAUAAUGAGAUUGGUCACCGCGGGGUGGCCAUGUUGCUGGCCGUCUUGGCGAUGCAUCCAAAGGAGGCUUAUCCCAGAAGUGUGGAGCACCUGGACGAGGCAAUCCCUUGCUGGCUACGGCUGGAGCACAAUCAGGCGACCAGUAUCGAACACUUGUUGUCGGCCUUGGAAAAGGACCCAGUUCGUCUCCGCUACUGCAUGGCACCACGCGGCGAGACGGCCAGCUGCAGCGUUUUCCGAUGCUCAGAGGCCUCAGCAAACAAGGAGGAGACACCUCACGCCCACCUCUACUGCAUCACAAAGCAGAAGGAGAAUGUGGAAUUGACGGAGCAGCCUCAACUUGAGACUAUGGUGCUAAGCAUUGCAGACGCGGUUGUCGCUGGCCGCUUUGACCUUCCACAAGCAGAUCCGGUGGAGAGGCAUGUAGCACUUCCAGCGCCUGAAGACGCAGUUCUUUGUCGGAAGGUGCAACUGCAUGUGGAUGCAGAGCAGGGUGCAGGACUAGAGAUGACAGUGCACUCUUAUGGGUAUCAUGUAGACAAGGUCGAGGAACAACCUGGACAAGACCUGGAACCUGGAGAUGUGCUGCUCAGUGUUGAUGGGGAAGCCUUGUGGGGCGACCUGUCUGAAGACGAGCUCAACGAGGUGUUUGGUCGAGAGUUUGCAGAUGGUGCGACUGUGCUCACGGCCAAAGCAGAUGCCGUGGACGGCUGCCAUGUUUGGCAACCUUUGGGCACAGAUUUGUGUCGAGCAGCACCUUUGAUUGCUGCGCUCCGUGAAGACUUAGGCAUCAUGGGUAACAGCUUCGGUGUGUCCGCAGAGCUGGAUGAAGAGGGUGCUGUUUGGCUUCGGGGACCAGCAGGAGGCCAACGUGGAGCCUUGGCUGAGCUGCCAAAUCUGGUCAGAUUCUAUUUUCCAGAGCUACGAGACAGAGCCUGGCCAUCCCACCAAUGGGUGAAAGCCAAUAAACUAGGUGAAAACAAGAAUGGAAGAGGCUCUGUCAGCAGCGCUGAACGAGUGGAUCCCGUGGAAGUUUAUCAAGAUCUGACUGAAUGGCAGAGCGCUCUCAGGAAGCAGUGCAAAGAGGACGACGACAUUUUUGACGAGGAUCUUCCUGUGGAACCGUUAGAGGCUCCUGAUGAAGGCCCAGAGAUUUUUGAGGGCGAGACCAUACUUCCAGAGCUGGAUAUGUCUCGACCAUUCAAGAUGCUCAUUCUGGUGGGCUUCCCAGGCUCUGGAAAGAGCUGCGUAGCAGCACGAUUGGCAGCACAUCUCGGGUAUGACAUUGUAAACCAGGACACAUUGGGUGACCGUAAAGCGUGUGUCCAAGCUGCCCGAGAAGCUCUUGCCGAAUGCCGGCGCUUGGUGGUGGACCGGUGCAACUGCACACGACUUCAGAGACGAGUUUGGCUGGAGCUUGCAGAUGACUAUGAGGUUGGAGCAGCAUGCAUUUGGCUCGACAUCCCAGAGGAGAUUUGCGGCGAACGUGUCCUGCAACGCUUCGGACAUCGAACUCUUCCACCCGAAGACAAGAGUCUGAAGGUGAUUGACGGGUUUGCACAGCGAUUCGAACCACCAAUGGAGGCGGAAGGCUUCGUGCGUUGGCGUGUAAAAGAUGACGGCGACCUUGAAGAGGCCCUCGCCGAGUAUGAGGAGUUGGUCAAGGAGAGUGAGGCCGGUUCUCUGGAGGCGGAGGUGGAGGAAACUCCAAGUGAGGCUCCGAGUGCUCCACGGAAGCGCCGUCGUUUGGAUGCAGAGGCAGCAGCUGCUGGUGUCCCCAAAGCGGAUCUUCAUGGCCGUGCUUCUCGUUCCAGUUUCCUCCGUGAUGUGCGCAGGCAGGUGGAGUACUACUUUUCGGACCGGAAUCUCAAGAAGGAUUGGUUUUUUCAAGACAAAAUCACCUCUGAGCCGGAGCCGGGAUGGCUAGAGCUGCAAUGGAUCAUGUCUUGCCCUCGGAUCGCUCAAAAGCACCAAGCCAAAGAGAAGGACGUGCUUGAAGCAUUAAAGUCCUCCGUCUUAUCAGUGAAAGAAGCGGAUGGUUGCCACUGGGUGGCACGUUCACAGCCAUUGCCACCGUUGGAAGUUGAACGUCCAGAGUCAGAGCUCUUGCACAACAGCGUCAACCAAGAAGAGGAGCACGAAGAUGCUGAAGCUUCAAAAGCCCAGGACGAGCCCAAAGGAAGCCCAGAGGAGGCAGACUUGGCUGUCCAGAGGCUUCAGCAGGACGCUGACCUUGAGGCAUCGCAGGAUGAGGAUGACGAGGAGCUGAGUGCUGAUCCAUACAUGUAG